GCAGAAUAUGAAGCAGAUCCAGCAUAACCUGCACUUGGGCCUAGCCCCGGCAGAGGCUGAGCUGUACCAGUACUACCUAGCCCAGAACAUAGGUCUGACUGGGAUGAAACUGGAAAACCCUGCCGACCCUCAGCUCAUGAUUAACCCAUUCCAGCUGGACCCCACGGCAGCUGCUGCUUUGGCACCGGGACUUGUAAAUAAUGAGCUGCCGCCUGAAAUCCGGCUUGCCAGUGGUCAGCUAAUGGGUGAUGACCUGUCCCUCCUUACUGCAGGAGAGCUGUCACCUUACAUCAGUGACCCAGCGCUGAAGCUAUUCCAGUGUGCUGUUUGCAACAAAUUCACCUCUGACAGCCUGGAGGCUCUAAGUGUACAUGUGAGCAGCGAGCGGUCUCUCCCAGAAGAGGAAUGGAGGGCUGUCAUUGGAGAUAUCUACCAGUGCAAGCUUUGUAACUACAACACUCAGCUCAAAGCCAACUUCCAGCUCCACUGCAAGACUGAUAAACAUAUGCAAAAAUAUCAACUGGUGGCUCACAUUAAAGAAGGGGGCAAAAGCAAUGAGUGGAGGCUGAAGUGUAUUGCUAUUGGCAACCCGGUUCACCUAAAAUGUAACGCCUGUGACUACUACACCAACAGUGUGGAUAAAUUACGCUUGCAUACCACCAAUCACAGACAUGAGGCGGCCCUGAAGCUCUACAAGCAUUUGCAGAAGCAAGAGGGGGCAGUGAAUCCUGAAUCCUGCUAUUACUACUGUGCUGUGUGUGAUUACUCUACCAAGGUCAAGUUGAACCUGGUACAACAUGUCCGUUCGGUGAAACACCAGCAGACCGAGGGCCUACGGAAACUCCAGCUCCACCAGCAAGGCCUGGCACCAGAGGAGGACAACCUGAGUGACAUUUUUUUUGUUAAAGACUGCCCUCCAAAUGAGCUUGAAACCCCCUCAUUGGGAACUAGGACCUGUGAGGAUGAACAAACAGAGCAGCAGUUAAGAACAACCUCAGAAGAACAAAGUGAAGAGGCUGAAGGGGCAAUUAAACCCACCACAGUGGCUGAGGAUGAUGAGAAAGACACAAGUGAGAAAGAUAAUAGUGAAGGCAAAAACUCCAAAGACUCUGGAAUAAUCACACUAGAAAAGGAGCUAAAGCUUGGUGUGGCCGGGGUAGCUCAGCCACUCUUAUUGGCUAAAGAAGAGGAAGUACAGAAAAGAACAAAACCCACAGAAGAUAAAUUCUGUCACGAACAGUUCUAUCAGUGUCCUUAUUGCAACUACAACAGUAGGGACCAAGGCCGUAUCCAGAUGCAUGUCCUAUCACAGCACUCCGUGCAGCCUGUCAUCUGCUGUCCCCUUUGCCAGGAUGUCCUCAGCAACAAAAUGCAUCUCCAGCUGCAUCUAACUCAUUUGCACAGUGUAUCUCCAGACUGUGUAGAGAAGCUACUUAUGACAGUACCUGUCCCUGAUGUGAUGAUGCCAAACAGUUUGCUACUGACAGCUGCCACCUCUGAAAAAUCAGAGCGGGACACACCUGCAGCCAUAACUGCUGAGGGAUCUGGGAAAUAUUCAGGUGAAAGUCCGAUGGAUGACAAAAGUAUAGCAGGUCUGGAUGAUUCAAAGACUGGCGUGGAAAUAAAGUGUGAGGAACAAAAAUUAACAAAAGAGUCCAUGGAAGUAUCGGAAUGGAAUAAAAAUAACAGUAAGGAGAUGAAAAUACCUGACACUCUGCAAGAUCCAUUAAAUGAACAGCAAAAGCGUCAGCCGCUCUCAGUCUCUGACCGCCACGUUUAUAAGUAUCGCUGUAACCACUGUAGCUUGGCUUUUAAGACGAUGCAGAAGCUUCAAAUACAUUCCCAGUAUCAUGCAAUCCGGGCCGCCACGAUGUGUAACCUCUGCCAGCGUAGUUUCCGUACAUUCCAAGCUUUAAAAAAACACUUGGAAUCAGGCCACCCUGAACUGAGUGAAGCCGAACUUCAACAGCUGUAUGCCUCCUUGCCAGUCAAUGGUGAACUUUGGGCAGAGAGUGAAACGAUGACCCAGGAUGACCAUGCCUUGGAGCAGGAAAUGGAGCGAGACUUUGAGGUGGACCAUGAAGGGAAGGCAAGUCCAGUAGGAAGCGAUAGCAGCUCGAUCCCUGAUGACCUGGGCUCUGAACCAAAGCGGACCUUACCUUUUCGCAAAGGGCCCAAUUUUACGAUGGAGAAAUUCCUCGAUCCAUCUCGGCCAUAUAAAUGUACAGUGUGUAAAGAGUCAUUCACCCAAAAGAACAUUCUCUUGGUCCACUAUAAUUCAGUGUCUCAUCUGCAUAAGUUGAAAAAGGUUUUGCAGGAGGCCUCCAGUCCUGUCCCUCAAGAAACCAAUAGCAGCACAGAUAACAAGCCCUAUAAGUGUAGCAUCUGCAACGUUGCCUACAGCCAAAGCUCCACAUUGGAAAUCCAUAUGAGGUCCGUGCUCCACCAGACCAAGGCGAGGGCUGCAAAGCUGGAGCCAAGCAGCCAUGUGGCCAGUGGGCACAGCAUCCCCACCAAUGUGAAUAGUCCUGGCCAAGGAAUGUUAGAGUCCAUGAGUUUAGCAGCAGUAAGCAGCAAAGAUACCCACUUAGAUGCCAAAGAACUAAAUAAAAAGCAGACGCCAGACUUAAUGUCUGCUCAGACUCCGCAUCACCCACCCCAGUCACCAGCACAGAUUCAGAUGCAACUUCAACACGAGUUACAACAGCAAGCUGCAUUUUUUCAGCCUCAGUUUCUCAACCCAGCCUUUUUGCCUCAUUUUCCCAUGACCCCAGAAGCCCUGCUGCAGUUUCAGCAGCCUCAGUUUCUCUUUCCUUUCUAUAUACCAGGGACAGAAUUUAGCUUGGGACCAGAUUUGGGCCUGCCCAGCCCCGCCACCUUUGGGAUGCCUGGGAUGACAGGAAUGGCUGGCUCCUUGCUAGAAGACUUGAAACAGCAGAUUCAAACACAGCAUCACGUUGGCCAGACUCAGCUCCAGCUCUUACAGCAACAAGCACAACAGUACCAGGCCACACAACCCCAGCUGCAAUCCCAAAAGCAACAGCAGCAGCAGCAACAGCAACAACAGCAACAACAACAGCAACAGCAGCAGCAGCAAAGCAAAGUCUUGAAACAAGAACCCAUGAACAUAGCCAGUGCAGAGUGCCCAAUUCUGAAGGACGUGCCAACAUACAAGGAGGCAGAAGACAUUGCUGAGAAACAAGACAAGCCAAAGCAAGACUUUCUGAUUGAAGGAGAAGGACUGAAAGAUGGUAAAGACCUAAAGAAGCAAAAAUCCUCCUCUGAGCCAUCCUUUCUGCCACCCCGGAUAGCUUCAGGGGCCAGAGGCAAUGCAGCCAAAGCUUUGCUAGAAAACUUUGGUUUUGAACUCGUCAUUCAGUACAAUGAAAACCGGCAGAAGGUCCAGAAGAAGAGCAAAAGCAGUGAAGGUGAGAACACAGACAAACUGGAAUGUGGCACUUGUGGCAAACUCUUUUCCAAUGUUCUGAUUUUGAAGAGUCACCAAGAACAUGUACAUGGGCAGUUUUUUCCCUGUGGUGCAUUAGAGAAAUUCGCUCGCCAGUACCGGGAGGCCUAUGACAAGCUCUAUCCAAUUUCCCCCUCUUCUCCAGAAACACCACCACCACCCCCUCCACCACCCCCACUUCCUCCAGCCCCCCCACAGCCUUCUCCCAUAGGACAAGUGAAACUGCCCAGUGCUGUUUCUGCUCCUCUCCAGGCACCUCCACCGACACCUCCACCACCACCACCACCUCCACCACCGCCUCCACCACCACCACCACCCCCAACAGCACCCCCUCCACCGGUGCAGCUGCCUGUUUCUCUGGACCUGCCACUCUUCCCUUCCAUCAUGAUGCAACCAGUCCAGCACCCUGCCCUGCCACCCCAGCUGGCCCUGCAGCUGCCACAGAUGGACGCACUCUCAGCAGAUCUCACCCAGCUCUGCCAACAGCAGCUCGGACUGGAUCCCAACUUUUUAAGGCACUCUCAGUUCAAGCGGCCAAGGACGAGGAUCACCGACGAUCAACUGAAAAUCCUCAGGGCCUAUUUUGACAUCAACAAUUCUCCCAGCGAGGAACAGAUCCAAGAAAUGGCAGAGAAGUCAGGCCUGUCUCAGAAAGUCAUCAAGCACUGGUUUCGGAAUACGCUUUUCAAGGAAAGGCAGAGGAAUAAAGACUCACCCUACAACUUCAGUAACCCACCCAUAACUGUUUUAGAAGAUAUCAGAAUUGACCCCCAGCCUUCUUCCUUGGAACAUUACAAAUCCGACGCAUCCUUCAGCAAAAGGUCCUCCAGAACCAGAUUCACAGACUACCAGCUUAGGGUUCUACAAGAUUUCUUUGACACAAAUGCUUACCCAAAAGACGAUGAGAUAGAACAACUCUCCACCGUUCUCAAUCUCCCUACCCGGGUUAUUGUCGUCUGGUUCCAGAAUGCCCGUCAGAAGGCAAGGAAGAGCUAUGAGAAUCAAGCAGAAACCAAGGACAAUGAAAAGAGAGAACUCACAAAUGAACGGUACAUUCGAACCAGCAACAUGCAGUACCAGUGUAAAAAGUGCAAUGUGGUUUUCCCCAGGAUCUUUGACCUGAUCACGCAUCAGAAAAAGCAGUGUUACAAGGAUGAAGAUGAUGAUGCCCAAGAUGAAAGUCAAACAGAAGACUCCAUGGAUGCUACAGACCAAGUCGUGUACAAGCAUUGUGCCAUGUCUAGCCAAACAGAGACAGCCAAAAAUGCUGCAGUGCCUGCAGCUAGUGCUGGCUCUGGAGCUAGUACCCCCUUGGUUCCAUCACCCAAACCAGAACCUGAGAAGACAUCUCCCAAGCCUGAGUAUCCCAAUGAAAAGCCAAAGCAGAAUGACCCCUCUCUCCCUUCCCAAGGCACCAAGCCAACCUUGCCAUUAGCAUCAACGUCUUCAGAACCAUCACAGGCCUCGUCCACUGUCCAGACACAGCCACAACCACCAAAACAACCCCAACUUAUUGGCAGACCUCCCUCGGCCUCUCAGCCCCCAGUCCCUUCUAGCCCACUGCAAAUUUCUAUGACUUCUCUCCAGAACAGUCUACCUCCGCAGUUACUCCAGUACCAAUGUGAUCAGUGUACAGUUGCCUUCCCAACUCUGGAACUGUGGCAGGAGCAUCAGCACAUGCACUUCCUAGCUGCUCAAAACCAAUUUCUCCACUCUCCAUUCUUGGAACGGCCCAUGGACAUGCCCUACAUGAUCUUCGACCCCAACAACCCACUCAUGACCGGCCAGCUGCUGAGUGGUUCUCUUACCCAGAUGCCCCCACAGACUGGUUCUUCCCAUCCCACAGCCCCAGCCACUGUUGCUGCUUCCCUCAAAAGGAAACUGGAUGAGAAGGAAGAGAACAACAACAGUGAGAAGGAGGGUGGAAAUAGCGGUGAAGACCAACACCGAGAUAAACGCUUAAGAACCACAAUCACCCCUGAACAACUGGAAAUCCUCUAUGAGAAGUACUUGCUGGACUCCAAUCCCACCCGAAAAAUGCUGGAUCACAUUGCACGAGAAGUGGGGCUCAAAAAGAGAGUGGUGCAAGUCUGGUUUCAGAAUACUCGGGCCAGAGAGCGCAAAGGCCAGUUUCGGGCUGUGGGUCCAGCUCAGUCUCAUAAACGAUGUCCCUUUUGCCGAGCCCUUUUCAAGGCCAAGUCAGCCUUGGAAAGCCACAUUCGCUCUAGGCACUGGAAUGAAGGAAAGCAGGCUGGCUACAGCUUGCCCCCCAGCCCUUUAAUCUCCACGGAAGAUGGAGGGGAGAGUCCACAGAAAUAUAUUUAUUUUGACUAUCCAUCCUUACCCUUGACUAAGAUUGACCUCUCAAGUGAGAAUGAGUUGGCUUCUACAGUAUCCACACCUGUUAGUAAAACAGCUGAACUGUCACCAAAGAAUCUUUUAAGCCCUUCUUCUUUCAAAGCAGAAUGUUCUGAGGAUGUUGAGAAUUUAAAUGCCCCUCCUGCUGAAUCUGGGUAUGAUCAAAACAAACCCGAUUUCGAUGAGACUUCUUCGAUUAAUACAGCGAUCAGUGAUGCCACCACUGGGGAUGAGGGCAACGCCGAAAUGGAAAACACCACUGGAAGUUCUGGAGAUAUAAAACCUGCAUUAUCUCCUAAAGAACCCAAAACUCUAGAUACUUUGCCAAAAACUGCAAACACACCCACCCCGGAUGUGUGCGAUGAAAAAUUUCUCUUUUCUCUCACGAGUCCCUCAAUACAUUUUAAUGACAAAGAUGGUGACCAUGACCAAAGUUUUUACAUCACAGAUGAUCCUGAUGAUAAUGCUGACCGCAGCGAAACAUCCAGCAUAGCUGACCCCAGUUCGCCCAAUCCAUUUGGGUCCAGUAACCCUUUCAAAUCCAAAAGCAAUGAUAGACCGGGUCACAAGCGUUUCCGAACCCAAAUGAGUAAUCUUCAACUCAAAGUGCUCAAGGCUUGUUUUAGUGACUACCGAACUCCAACCAUGCAAGAAUGUGAAAUGCUGGGGAAUGAAAUUGGUUUGCCCAAACGCGUGGUUCAGGUGUGGUUCCAAAAUGCCAGGGCAAAGGAAAAGAAAUUUAAAAUUAACAUAGGGAAGCCUUUCAUGAUCAAUCAAAGUGGAACGGAAGGCACAAAACCUGAGUGUACUCUCUGUGGGGUGAAAUACUCUGCCCGCUUGUCCAUCCGAGAUCAUAUUUUCUCCAAACAGCAUAUUUCAAAAGUGAGGGAGACUGUUGGGAGUCAGCUUGACCGGGAGAAAGAUUACUUGGCUCCAACUACCGUCAGACAACUGAUGGCACAGCAAGAACUUGAUCGGAUAAAGAAAGCUUCAGAUGUGCUGGGCUUAGCAGUACAGCAGCCAAGCAUGAUGGACAACGGUUCUCUCCAUGGCAUCAGUCUGCCAGCAGCCUAUCCAGGACUCCCUGGCCUUCCUCCAGUCCUUAUACCUGGAAUGAAUGGUCCAUCCUCCUUGCCUGGAUUUCCACAAAAUUCAAACACUUUAACACCUCCCGGUGCAGGCAUGCUUGGGUUUCCUACUUCAGCUACUUCGUCUCCUGCCCUGUCUCUCAGCAGUGCCCCCACCAAACCUUUGCUGCAGACUCCACCACCUCCGCCUCCGCCUCCUCCUCCUCCUCCACCUCCUCCUCCUCCUUCAUCCUCUCUAUCAGGACAGCAGACCGAGCCACAGAACAAAGAAUCUGAGAAAAAGCAAACUAAACCAAACAAGGUGAAAAAAAUCAAAGAGGAGGAAUUAGAGACCACCAAACCCGAGAAACACCCCAAAAAAGAGGAAAAAAUCUCAUCUGCUCUUUCAGUGUUGGGCAAAGUGGUAGGUGACGCUCAUGUGGAUCCUACUCAGUUGCAGGCAUUGCAGAACGCUAUUGCUGGCGACCCCACCUCCUUUCUAGGGGGACAGUUCUUGCCAUACUUUAUCCCUGGGUUUGCUUCUUAUUUCACACCUCAGCUUCCUGGAACAGUGCAAGGGGGAUACCUCCCUCCUGUCUGUGGCAUGGA